AUGAUUGCGAAGGCUGUGUUUGGCGUCAUCGCCACUGCUGCGCUGCUGGUCAGCCAGGGUGCCACGGAAAUCCUCUAUGCGGGUGUGAAUUCAGCGGGCGGCGAAUUCGCUCAACAGAACCUGCCUGGCGCAUUCGGUAUCGACUACCAGUUCAUCAACGAAACUUCAAUCGACUUCUUUCUUCGCGCAGGCGUCAAUACGAUCCGCAUACCGUUUCUACUAGAGCGAAUGUGCCCUCUUGCAACGGGCCUUGGAAGCACCUUCAACGAGACGUACUUCUCCGAGUUCAAGAAUGCGGUGAACUACAUCACUGCAAAAGGGGGCUAUGUCGUGCUCGAUGCACACAACUACAUGCGCUACAACGACCCAUCAUCCCAGCCCUCCUCCGGCAGCAUCAUAGGCAACACCUCCGACCCCAAAGCCGCCACAACCUCCAACCUAGCAACCUUCUGGACCGCCCUCUCAACCCGCUUCAUCACCAACCCAAACGUAAUCUACGGCAUCAUGAACGAACCGCACGACAUGCCCACAUCCCUCAUCCUGCAAAACAACCAAGCAGCCAUCAACGCGAUCCGCACAACAGGCGCACGGCAACUCAUCCUCGUACCAGGAAACGGCUUCUCAGGCGCGCAGCGCUGGCUGAAUCGCACAUGUAGCAACAGCACGGCAGACUGCGCGCCAAACGGCGACGUGCUAACGCAAAUCACGGAUCCAGGGAAGAACUUCGCAUUUGAUAUGCAUUUGUACUUUGACAACGAUACGUCCGGUACGCAUGAAGCGUGCACGCUCGCAGCGCCGUCGAAUCUGCGGCCCGUAACGACGUGGCUGCAGCAGCACAACUACACUGCUUUUCUCUCCGAGUUCGGCGCGGGUUCGAGUGCGGACCCCACGUGCGCAAAGACGCUCAAUGAUACGCUGGGCUUUUUGGAGGGGAGUGACCGCUGGAUUGGCUGGACGUACUGGGCUGCUGGACCACUCUGGGGGAACGAGUAUUUCCUUAGCGUUGAGCCUGGAGAGGGCAAGCAGGCGAAUUCUACGUGGCCCGAUGUUUUGGCACCGCGUGUGAAGGCGUAUCAGCCUAUGGUGAGGUGUGGGGUUAGUACGAGUGUGGGGGAGAUGGCAGGUGAGGGUGCGAGGAGAGAGAGAGGAGAGCAGGGGUGUUUGGGGUUGAAACUGCCUGGUUGAAUUGUUGGAGGGAAGGACGAAAGAACGAGAGAAGAGGCGUGAAGGCGAUUUCUAGGGUGAAGGGGAGAAUAUGUUUAAUGUGUUGUAGCUUGAAGGAUUAAACAUAAGCAAAGGCUUAGCGACGACAUGCAGGUGUGGAAAAGCGCAACUGAUAUAUUAAA